CUUCAUAAGUGAAACACGUUGAUGGAAAGGCAGCAGCAGAAGUGUGGAGCGUGUCUCUAAUAAACUGGACGUCAAUUAUCCGGAGAGCAUCAAACAGCUCAAGGUAAUCAGAGAGACGGCCUCAGAGCUGCACCUUUUCCCCAAAGCUGAAUAUUAAAGAUGGAGUGGCGGCAGCAGAGCAGCGUCAGCUGCGAGGACGCCUUCACAGAGGCUCAGCGCUGGAUUCAGGAGGUAACUGGAAAAUCCUUUGGCUGCAGUGAUUUCCGUGUUGCCUUAGAAAAUGGUGUGUUGCUUUGCGACUUAAUCAACCAGUUAAAACCUGGAAUCAUCAGACGAGUAAACAGGCUAUCCACUCCCAUUGCUGGACUGGAUAAUGUGACAGUUUUCCUUAAAGCCUGUGGAAAGCUCGGAUUAAACGAGUCGCAGUUGUUUCAUCCUGGUGAUCUUCAGGAUCUGUCCACUCGGGUGACACUCAGGCGUGAUGAAAGCCAGAGGAGACUCAAGAAUGUUCUUAUUACAAUCUAUUGGCUGGGUCGCAAGGCUCAACUUGACACACUCUACAGUGGUCCUCAGCUUAAUUUCAAGGCUUUUGAGGGGCUUUUAGGUUUGGCCUUGUCCAAGGCUCUUGAAGAGGGCACUAAUGCAUUUGUAAAAGAUGGGAGUUACAAGGAGUGCUUGCACUCUGAGGGAGAGGAAAGUCUGCAAACAAGACAGACUUAUAAUAGAGGAAACUCUUUAGUUGGCUUUGACUGUGUGGACCCCAAAGCUGUCUGUCUACAUGAAGAAGGUUUUGAAAGUGACGCAGAAGCAGAGCAGGUGUACAAGAUGGACAGUACGAAGGUCUCAGCCCAGCAGAGCAAAGGACAUGUCCAACCACCGCUUGGUAGAAAACAGGGACGGUCGGAAAAGGCAGCGGAUCAUACGAGCCAACUUCCAAGAGCAUGUCAGAUUCAGUCUGAGACACCAGUUCAGGUCAACCCUGGCUGGAUUUGGAGCAAAUCCCUCAGUGACAUCCCUAUGGUGUACCCCGUGCGUAAAGUUUCAAAUGGAAAUGCCAUUUCUGAUAAAGGCCAAGACACCAGGGACUGGAAUCAAGAAAUUGAAAGAAACUGUAGUGCUGUUGCCAGGGACAGUGAAGUUCAGUGGCAGGAUGAUUUGACGAGGUGGAAGAAUCGACGCAGGAGCACCAAGUCUGAACUGUACAGGAGGUCAUUUGAAAGGGAGCAUAUCUUUAAAGAGAUGACCAAUGGGGCUGUGAGAAAUUAUGAGGGUAAUGAAGCACCAGGAGGGCCUAUAAAGAGAGAUCAGUCACCAUGGCGGCACAGCUCCUUACCACGUCCUUAUUCCGUUUCUCCAUCCAAACCUCUGAGUUUUGCUCUCAGGCCACAUACAGAAGCAAUUUCCACCAGCAGCUAUGCCACUGACACCCCUUUCAGACCCCAAAGCUAUUCACAGGAGUGUCACCAGGGAGCCAGUUCUAAAUCUGGUGGGUCCAUCAUCGGAGGGGAGCCUGCCCUUGCCUCCUUAGCUUCAGAUGGAAGAGCUGGAGUUACUACACCUUCUCUACACCAAGCUUUCACCUCUCAGACCCAAGUGAAAGCCCUAGGCAGCCAGUCUACCUUUCAUUCCAGUCUCGGACAGGUGCAACCACAAAGAUGUUUGCCAAACCAGAUCUCCUCUUCUUUUAACAUCAUACAGCCUGAACUGUUUGACUCUGAAGAAUCCGCUACAACCUGCAAUUCUGCUUCAUACAUGCAUUCCUUCAGCACUGAUCUGAAAGGGAAAACUUUUUCUCCAAAUGUAGUUAGUCAUUCAGGAGUUGAUGUUACUGAUGAUUUGAUCAAGAAAUCUGAUGGAAUUCCAAAAUCAUAUCCAAAUUCAGCUGAAGAUGGAAGGGUCUGUAGACAGGAGUCUGCAAGGCUUUCCAAGUAUUUGUCCAGAAAUGCAACAUGGUCCAGCUCUGCCAGUCUUCCUCGUGGGUACCGUCGGUCUGAGGGUUCCACUCGUCUCUCCACUCCGAUCACAGCCAGACCCUUCGAGGCAAAGCCAUCCGGAAUAUCCACACUACCAAAACAACACAAUGUUGACAGUCUGAGUUUAAUUGUAAACACUGGGGAUUCCCAUUCCUCAACGAAACCAGCUCUGAAAAGGCAGACUGCAGCAGCGCAUCUGCGGGGUCAGUAUCAGGCCUCGGUUAGGCAGAAGAAGGCUAACCAGGUGAGGCAGAAUGCCGCAGGACAGCGAAAGGAAGUGAAUGAUCAAACCUUCCCUCAGACUUAUACAAAAUCAUCUUCCAACAACAAAAGCUCUGUUCUUGCAUCUAAUGCAAGUACAGUCUUAAAGGUUGAUCACAGUGACAUGAGAGUGAGCCUGACUCUGAAACCAAACAGCGUCCCAGACUUUGGCUUCCAAACUCACUGGGACUGCACAGGGGUGAGAAUAAAAAGCAUUCAACCAGGCAGUCCAGCAGAGCACUGCCAGCUCUGUGUGGAUGAUGAGAUUGUGGCAGUUGAUGGAGUUGCUGUUGCACAUAUGACCUACAGUCAGUGGAAGGAUAAAAUGGCAUCCUCCCUGGAUUCUGGCAGUUUAACAAUGGACAUUCGGCGUCAUGGCAUCAAGGAUUGGAGCACGAAUAAAGGAAGUAAUGACAUCCAGCCAGGACACAGCAUGUUGACCCUUAAUCUGACUUCUACGGCACCCAUUUUAAUAGGCCGCUCCGAUCACCAUGCCAACAGUCCAGCCUCUGCAGAAAUGGCAGACACACAAGAAUCUCAACUUAAUGGGCAGACAGACAAUGUAACGCAAGAAAAAGUCAUCGGUGGGCCCUUCUCUGUUAACACAACCAAGGCUAGAUGUAAAGGAGGCUUGGAAUCAGCAAUAUCUGAUAUUCAGGUGCCUUCCCUCAACCCAUCCUCAUCCAGCUGGGCUUGGGACUGUGAGGAGGAUCGUAGGCGGCAGGAGAAGUGGCAGGAAGAGCAAGAGCGCCUUCUGCAGGAGCAGUACCAGCGAGAUCAAGAGAAGUUGGAGGCAGAGUGGCAAAGGGCACAACAGGAUGCAAUAGAAAGCGAGACGCUGAGGGAGAAUGCUGUUGAGAUGGGCAGUGGUCCUGAGCUGUUUGCCAGUUCCCAAUUUUAUGCAAACGGACUGACAAAGGGAAAAAAAGAAGAGAAAGUGAAUCUUGAUGGAGAAUAUCAGAAAGAAGCUGGACUGAUGCAUCCCAGUAUUGCCCACAGAGUGCAGAGUAACAGGAUUGCUGAGAAAGACUGGGCUGAGGGUUCCAGUGGUUUCGCUCAGCUGUCCCAUGCUCACAGGGCAAUGUCCAUGUCGACUCCGGUUUUAUCUGGACCCUGCAGACAAUCAAGAGGUUUAGGCGAUCCAAGGAAAAGAAGAGGGUUAACCAUGUCAAAAGCUGAGAGGGAGAGACAGCAGAUUUUGGAGGAGAUGAAGAAGAGGACUCAGCUUCUGACUGACAACAGCUGGAUACGCCAACGCAACGGUGGAUUUCAUAAAGAGCCAGCUGAUGUUGGCACCGCCAUGAAGAGAUAUGAGUCUCUGGACAACCUGGAUAUUUUCCAUCAAUCCCCAGACUGUGCUGCAACAUUUACUUACCCUCGCCCCAGUUCAGCUGCUGGAGGUUACAGUGCUCAGACUAGGACUGCCUCCUCACGCUACAGCACUGGCUCGUUGUCUUUCCAGAGACAUGUGAACAUGGAGUCCUCUCAUCAACCCAGGAUGGUCAGUGGCAGGAGGACUUGCUGUGUGUGUGAGCGUGUCCUGGGUAGUGGGGCUGCGAUGAUCAUAAAGACCCUUAGUCUCUGUUUCCACCUGACCUGUUUCCAGUGUGUGGGCUGCAAUCGACACCUCGGAGGAACAGAGACUGGAGUCCAGGUUCGCAUCCAUAACAGGAGGCCCUACUGUGAUUACUGCCAUUUCCAACUCAAGUACUCUGCCCUCCGCAUGUGACCAACACGCUGUGCUGCAGAUACAAGAUUAGGGUGUGGGAAAUGGUGUCAUACCUGAUAUACAUUGUUUUUCUUUCUUUUUUUCAUGAUUAUUUGUACAAUAAACUGAUAUGUGCUAUCUUAGGUCUUGGAAUACACAACUGUUGGCUGGUUUUAUCUGUAAUGGUGUAUAGCUGAACUGUGUUUCUGCUAAUUUAAUUGCAAAAACUAGAUUUAAUAUAUACAUUUAAAAAUCUAAUUUUUUUCUGUGAUGUAAUUUGCUUGUUAAUCAGAAUCUAUUUGCUGUGUGUGGGGUUUAAAUAUAUCAGAUGUUUAUCAAGAUGCAUAAAAUGUUGAACAUUUAAACAAUGUACUAAAGCACUUCCUGUUCACUUAAAAGUCAGAGUGCACCGUGGGGUAACUCAUUGAUACAGUGUGUAUGUUUCUCAGAGGAUCAUUGUUGUCUUAAUUAUAACAUUUGUCAAUAAAAGUACACUACACAAACUACCUGGGUUUUCCAUAAUGUUUUAUAACCACAUGAUGGCAGCGUUGGUCUUGGAAUGAAACUAUCUCAUACUGUUGAUAAAAAUGGGAGUUUCUUUUGAAUAUAACCAAAUGAUUUCAUGCUACUAGUGAAGCCCUUGUAGACUUUAAAAGUGGUUUCCUCUAUGGAAUUUCCAGAAGGAUUCAUGCUUUCAGUAGAUCUGUGUUCGGUGGGCUUUGC